AUGCCUUCUUAUACAGUCACCAUUGCCACAGGGAACCAGUGGUUUGCAGGGACGGAUGACUACAUCUAUAUUACACUUGUGGGCACGGAGCAGUGCAGCGAGAGAACACUUCUGGACAAGCCUCUUUACAAUGACUUUGAGAGGGGAGCGGUGGACUCCUAUGAUGUGAGAGUUGGGGAGGACUUAGGUGACCUUGUCCUGGUGAAAAUUGAGAAGAAGAAAUACUGGGUACAAGAUGACUGGUACUGCAGGUACAUCACGGUUAAGACCCCAUCUGGAGACUACUUGGAGUUCCCCUGCUUUCGUUGGCUGGUGGAUGACAAGGAAGUGGUGCUUCGAGAUGGACGAGCACAUCUGCCUCAAGAUGAUAAGACUAGUCUGGUCAAGCAGCACAGACAGAAAGAGCUGGAUGGGAGGAGAAAAACCUACAGAUGGAAAGAGUGGCAGCCAGGCUUUCCUAUGAGUAUAGACGCUAACCGACACAAGGAUUUGCCCCGGGAUAUCCAGUUUGACAGUGAGAAAGGAGUGGACUUCAUUCUGAACUACAGUAAGGCCAUAGAGAACCUGUUUGUGAACCAGUUCAUGCACAUGUUCCAGUCCUCCUGGAGCGACUUCGCCGACUUUGAGAAAAUCUUUGUGAGAAUCAAAAACACAAUCUCAGAGUAUGUCAUGGAACACUGGAAAGAGGACUUCAUGUUUGGAUACCAGUUUCUGAAUGGCUGCAACCCAGUAUUGAUCCAAAAGUGCAAGAAGCUUCCUGACAGCUUUCCUGUCACUCAUGAGAUGGUUGCUGUCAGCCUGGAGAGGGAGCUGACCCUGGAGCAGGAAAUCAAGGCAGGUAACAUCUACAUAAUAGACUACAAGCUGCUAGACGGCAUCACUCCAAACAGCACAGACCCUUGCACACUGCAGUACGUGGCAGCUCCAAUCUGUUUGCUGUACAAGAACGCUCAGAACAAGAUCAUGCCCAUAGCCAUACAGCUUGGCCAGAUUCCAGGUGAAGACAACCCAAUCUUCCUGCCAACUGAUGGUCAGUAUGACUGGCUGCUGGCCAAGAUCUGGGUCCGCUCGUCCGAUUUCCACUACCACCAGACAAUCACACACCUACUCCGGACACAUCUGAUGACGGAGGUGUUUGGUAUCGCCAUGUACAGGCAGCUUCCUGCUGUUCACCCUGUAUUUAAGCUAAUCAUCCCACACGUUCGUUUCACCAUCGCAAUCAAUACCAAGGCUCGAGAGCAGCUCAUCUGUGAGUGUGGCAUCUUCGACAAGGCAAACGCAACAGGCGGAGGUGGUCACGUCCAGAUGAUUCAGAGGGCUAUGAAGUCUCUGACCUUCAGGUCUCUGUGCUUCCCUGAUAUGAUCAAGUCCCGCGAUAUGGACAGUAAGGAGGAGAUGCCGAACUACUUCUACAGGGAUGAUGGCUACGAGGUGUGGGAGGCUACCAAGAGGUUUGUCUCUGAUGUGGUGCAUAUUUAUUACACAAGCGAUGAGAGGGUGCAGGGAGAUGAAGAAAUCCAGGCCUUCAUUAAAGAUGUGUGCAGCUUCGGUAUGCAGGACCUCGAUUUCUGCGAGUUUCCCAAGUCCUUGAAGUCACGGGAGGAGCUGAUAGAGUACCUGACCGUUAUUAUCUUCACUGCCUCAGCCCAGCAUGCAGCAGUCAACUUUGGACAGUAUGACUGGUGUUCCUGGAUCCCCAAUGCUCCCUCUACCAUGCGGAAACCCCCGCCCAACAAGAAGGGCCUGGCAAGUGUGAACUUGAUCGUCGAGAGCCUCCCCGAUCGCGGACGCUCCAGCUGGCACCUGGGGGCUGUCUGGGCCCUCAGCCAAUACCAAGAGAAUGAACUGUACCUGGGAAUGUAUCCUGAUGAGCACUUCACAGAGAAGCCGGUGAAAGAUGCCAUGGCAAAAUUCAGGAAAGAGCUGGCAGAGAUAACCAGCUCCAUCAAGAAGAGGAAUGAGGGAAAGAAGCUACCAUACUACAACAUGUCCCCUGACAAAAUCCCAAACAGUGUCGCAGUUUGAGGAAUAAUAAUAACAACAACAAUAAUAAAAGACUUCUUUAGGGGAGAUGAUCAUACUUAUUAUAUUGCAGUACUGCUAAUGUUACUGAGCUGUCCAAACAUGCUGUUAGAAAACUCUCUGUCACUUGAGUGUGAUUGUGACACUUGUUUUUUAACCAUGUAAUAUUGCAUCUCAAAAAAUCAGAAUAUUGUGAAAAGGUUUGGGGCUUUUUUUGUAUGUAAAGCCGUUUUUGUUUGUUUUAAUUAUGCUGUUCAUGUCUGACAGCUCAUGAAAAUCAUUAAUCCAGUAUCUCAAAUUAUUAGAAUAUUUUCAAAAUAAGAUUUAAUACCCAAAUUCUGAAAAAUAAGUUCAUUUAUAUACGCAAUACUUGGCUGGAGCUCUUUUACCACAAAGUACUGCAUCAGUGCAGUGUGGCACUGCUGAAGUGUUGCUGAAGCUCAUGUUGCUUUGACAGCAGCCUUCAGCUUGCCUUUAUAUUUGGGUCAGGUGUUUCUCAUCUUUCCCUUGACAAUAUCCCACAAAUUCUCUGAGGGGUCAGGUCAGGUCAGGUAAGUUGGCUGGCCAAUCAAACACAGUAAUAACACAAUCUGUGUUGUGUUGUGCUUGAUAAAACACAGUGAACCAACCACCACUAACACCAGCAGAUGACAUGGCACCCUGAAUCAUCAUAAACUGCAGAAACUUCAUACUGGACUUCAAACACCUUGGAUUCUGUUGCACUGCUGCCUCACAGCAAGAAGGUCCUGAGUUCAAAUCCACCUUUCUGUGUGGAGUUUGCAUAGGUUUCCU